ACUCGAGAGCAUUUGAGCAUUGUGAGGAUUGAGAGCGGAAGCACAUAGCAUUUUGAAAGAUUAUGUGACUAAGAAUCUGGGUAUUAAUCCGAUGCAAGCAAAUAAACAUUUCAGAAAACGGUGAAAAGAGAUUUUCAGCUUGUUUUUCACUUGAAUGGCUACAUGCAAAGACCUUCUUUGCAGUUGGAGCAGCAACUUCAAUACCAUCUUCUGUCAUCUACUAUCUUCUCCUGAUAUUCCUCUCCCUUCUGCCUUUUCUACCCGCAUCCGGUGCUUCCAACAUAAACUUUGAGCUCGUCACUUACCGCCCCUACUGGUGAAAACUCCCCAUGGAUUUCGCCUUCCGGGGAUUUCGCCUUUGGAUUCCGCCAAGUUUACAAUGCAAGCAUCUUCUUGCUUGCUGUCUGGUAUGACAAAUUGCCCGACAGAACCGUCAUGUGGCAUGCAAAUACAUCAACUCUGGUUCAAACCGGAUCAAAGAUUGAUCUCUCAGUAGAUGGGCUCACUCUAGCUGGUCCUCAAGGUCAAACACUAUGGAAGGCACAACCCAGCACCACUGCCGCAAUUUCCCAUGCUAGCAUGCUUGAUACCGGCAAUUUUGUGCUUUUUUCAACUGGUGCUAGUAAUGCUGUUUACGCGUGGCAGAGUUUCAACUACCCCACAGACACCAUCCUGCCAACUCAAAUACUGCCAAGGGGUGGCAUGUUGUAUUCUAGACUGACUGAUACCAACUACUCAAGAGGAAGGUUUGAGCUUCGUUUCACCACUGAUGGGAACCUUGAGCUCAAUCCUAUCGCCUGGCCAAGUGAAUACCGUUAUACGUCUUAUUACAGUAGUGGAACAGCUUCCACUACUGGUAAUACUUCUGAAUCUGGGCUUCUACUGGUUUUCCGUCAAUCAGAUAUUUAUUUAGAGAAAGAGAAUGGAGAUACUGUGCAACUAUGGAACGACAUUCUUGCUCCGAAUUACCUCUCCAACUAUCACCGCGCAACACUGGGUAAUGAUGGCGUUUUCCAGCAAUAUACUUUUCCCAGGAGUUCUGAUGGCGACCGGUUUUGGUCCAUUGUUAGAAGGAUCCCUAAUAACAUAUGUGAGCUAUCAAACGAAGUUGGCAGUGGUGCAUGUGGGUUCAAUAGCUACUGCUUGGGUGAUUCUGGCAAUCCUAAUUGCCAUUGCCCGGAGGGGUAUUCUCUAAUGGAUCCGGAAAACAAAUAUGGUGGUUGCAAACCGAAUCUCCCUCUAGGUUGUGGAGUAGACGAUGGUGGUGGGUCUAGAAACCAAGAAGACUUGUAUGAACUAAGGAGAAUGGUCAACGUGGAUUGGCCACGGGGAGAAUACGAAACUUUGGAACCGUACACUCAAACUCAGUGCGAACAGUCUUGUUUGCACGAUUGUUCGUGUGCUGUUGCCAUAUGUUCCGGGGGCAACACAUGUAAGAAGAAGAGGUUACCGCUGAGUAAUGGGAGGUUGAGCGAAGGAGUAGCUACCAUCAAAGUGAGGAAAAGUGCUGCUAUCACUCCUCCAUUCACUUCUGGCUCUGAUGAUGAUCCCAAGCCCAACUCAAAGAGAGAGAAUAAAAUUCUCAUGUGGACACUUUUUUCUGGCGGCUCUGGGCUAUUCAACAUGGCAUUGCUAGCUGCAGUAAUUUCUCUAGUGGUACUCUUGAGGCAUAGGAAAAAAUAUAAUAAGCUGGUGGUACAUGAUUCUGAUUUCCCAAAUACAAAUUUGCGGAUUUUCACUUUCAAUCAACUCAAAGAAGCGACAGACGGGUUCAAGGAAGGCUUGGGAAGCGGCUCUUUCGGCACAGUUUACAAAGGUGUGUUGACAAACGGUUCGAAGAACCAAGUUGCAGUGAAGGUGUUGGAGAAGCUGAUUAAGGAUGGAGAGAGGGAAUUCAACGCUGAAGUGAGUGCGAUUGGAAAAACCCACCAUAGGAACUUAGUCCAAUUGCUUGGAUACUGUAACGAGGGGCCUAACCGACUUCUUGUUUAUGAGUUCAUGAGCAAUGGCAGUUUAGCCGAUUUUCUUUUUGGCCAAACUCCAAGACCCGAUUGGUAUCGAAGGACUCAACUAGCCUUGGGGAUUGCAAGAGGCUUAGUGUACUUGCAUGAGGAAUGCAGCACCCCAAUCAUCCACUGUGACAUAAAGCCUCAAAACAUUCUCCUCGAUGAACAUUUAACUGCCCGAAUCUCUGACUUUGGAUUGGCAAAGUCAUUAGCGCUUGAUCAGACUCGAACUCGUACUGGAAUAAGAGGAACAAGAGGAUACGUGGCUCCUGAAUGGUUCAAAAGUGCACCAGUGACGGUUAAAGUGGACAUCUACAGUUUUGGUGUCAUGUUGCUAGAGAUCAUUUGCUGUAGAAAGAGCGUGGAAAUCGAUUUUGAGGAUGAAAGAGUGAUACUAACUGAAUGGGCUUAUGACUGCUACAAGGAAAGGAGACUAGAUGCAUUGGUGGACAAUGAAGAGGCGGCGAUGAGAGAUAUUGCAAUGCUGCGCAGAUGGGUCAAGACAGCUCUCUGUUGUGUACAAAAGAGUCCUUCAAAGAGGCCUACAAUGAAGAUGGUCAUACAAAUGCUGGAAGGAUAUGUCGAAGUUCCUAUUCCCACUUGCGCUUCUUCUUCCUUUUGCUCAGGCUUAGAUUAACUCAUGAGACUUGAAGCCCCAAGCAAUUCAACUAAGCAUGCAAGUCCUUUCUUAGGUUCUCUCUUCUUCUUCUUCUUUCCGGUAAUAAUGCAGGGUGUCACGAGCCAGUUUGCGCUCACAUCGGACACUCUUUUGUUUGUAUGUGUUUCUCUCUCUCUCUUUCUCUCUCUCUCUCUCUCUCUCUCUCGUUGUUUUAAUGUCUCGGUUGAUGUUAUGUGAUGUGCACGUUGUGUCAAUUUGUUCCAUGUAAGUUUGUAACUUAAUGACACACUUUAGGUAAUGAAUAAAAGAUUAAAGAAGUGUUUGGCUGGUAAAGUGGAAAUGAUGGAAUCAAAAAGAUGAGUGCAGUACUGUGAAUUCAUGAGUGAUGCAAAUGUCCAGUGUAUUGAAGCCAAUAUGCAGGUUGUUCUUGCUCAAUACUUUCUUGGUUU